AUGGCAACUGUCAACUUUUCUAAAGUCUCCUUUUGGGUUGCCUUUUGGCUGCUUCUCGCAACCCUGCCGUCUCAAGCAAAACGCGUUGUCCCAACACAGUCAACAGCUGCGGAUGUUCCUGCUGUAUCAGAAGUUCCCAUAGCACAAUCGGACAUUCCUACCGACGCAGCGUUGGCAGCGCAAGCGUUUCCCAUCACAAUAUUUUCGAACUCAGACUGGGAUGGAAAUGACGGGCCAUGGUCAUCAUUCAGUUUUAGAACGGGCAACCCACCCCAGACUCAAAAAUUACUCAUCUCGACCUCAUCUCGAAGCGUCCUACUUGUUAGUUCGUCUGGAUGCACGUCGUCUGACCCACCAGACUGCGCAACUCAGCGCGGUGGAACCUUUGAUCCCACCAAAUCAUCCACAUGGGUAGCAAAUACCAUCGCCGUAAACACGUCGCUAUCUUUGCAAUCGUCGCUGGGAUAUGAUGUCACCGGAAAUUUUGGCUUUGAUGACUUUGCCGACAGUUUCAGCUUCCUUCCUCAACUCAAUCAAUCCAUUGCUACAUUUGCAGGUCAAGAUACGUAUGUUGGAAUCUUUGGCAUCUGUCCACGCUCAACAACGUUACCAGGUUCGACUGUUCCCGCGAAAAGCUAUCUGGAGAAUCUGAGGGAUAAUGGAACGAUCCCGAGUCUCACUUGGUCAUACACAGCUGGAGGACCUUACCGAAAAGGUACACAAUAUGGAAGUCUGGUCUUCGGUGGUUAUGACCAGGCACGGUUCAUCGCCCACGAUAUCACCUGGCCAUUCGACAAAGACGAAUUUCGCGAUCUGACCGUGAAGGUCGAGUCCGUCACGUCGUUUGGAUGGGGUGGUAACAGAGAUCAGAAGUCUCUGCUGCAGACUCCGAUAUCUAUGUUUCUAGAUUCCUCGUUACCAUAUAUAUGGCUCCCACUUGAAGCUUGCCUACUUUUCGAAAAAGAGUUCGGGCUCAUCUGGGACGUCGCAACAGAACUGUACCUCGUUAACGACACACUACACGACAGUCUGUUGGCAGCUGAUCCCAGCGUGACAUUCGCGAUCAACAAUGGCACUGAAGGGUUUACAGUCAAUAUCACCCUCCCAUACGCCGCGUUUAAUCUCACUGCCUCACGACCGCUGGUUCAGAACCCAUCACGAGACUUCCCGUUGAAGCGCGCAAACAGUACGACUGAGUAUAUACUUGGUAGGACGUUCUUCCAAGAGGCAUAUGUGACUGCCGACUACGAGCGUCAUACCUUUUCCGUCCAUCAAUGUAAAGGAGUUGCCAACAAUGCAGAGGAUAUAUGGCCAAUUGACUCAUUGAAUGGAAGUUCCACAGAUGCGAGCGCAGGCGGUACAUCGACUGGUGCAGGGCUUGUUGACGCAUUAACACCUUCUCCGAGUAGUAGCAGUGUUGGACCUGCUGUUGAAGGGACGAUUGGUGGUGUUGCGUUGGGUGGGAUCUUGACUAUGAUUUAUUUCUUCUACGUUCGGCCAAAACGACAGAAGACUGAGGAUGUGGAAGGAAAAUCUGAAGCUCCUCCUUCACCAAUUGAAGAUGUUGAAGAAACAACAUUUUCCAAACCUGAACUUGACCAUGAUGGGGUCGGUGUCUAUGAGAUCAAUGCGGACCGAGAGCCGGUUGAGACGGAGGUCAAGGAGCAAGCUAUCUAUGAAUUGGAGGGCGUGAAGGGUGUUGUUGAGUCGGAUGCGCGAGAGCGGUAUUUGCACGAGAUGGCUGCAGUGGACGAGGUCGCGAGAGAAUUGAGAGCAGAUGAUGGGGCUAUCGAGCUGGCAAGUCCGGUUCCUGUGGUACCCGGUGCUGGAGAGUCAUCGAGUCAAGAAGACACUGAGCACGACACCAGCAAACCCGAAAGGACUAUUGCUGAACUGGAUGCAAAUAAGGAUGUUAAAUAUGUUCGAUUAAGUAAAACCGAUGGAUCGAAGGAUUCAUCAUCGUCGAAGUGGACUUGGAUUUCCUUUCGGUAG